AACGUUCGAAAACCGCCGGAGAGGCGAGAGUCUCGCGUGCGUUGUAUCCAAUGCCGGUCUGUCUGUCAACUCGAGGACUGGCAUCGCUCGAAGAUCGAUGCGAGUUAUCGAGACCUGUCCAACUCGCCCGGUCGGUCUCGAGUCGACGGCUCGCCGGCCGCUUCGCCCACGAGGACGUCUUGAGUGUCGCGAAGGAGCCACCGUCGUGUCCUGGCGAGUCAACAAUCAGGAACAGCUGUUCGUCAGCAAGCAAGCCGUAUUCGACGGGAAGAAGGCCAUCAGGGGAGGGAUUCCGUUCGUAUUUCCACAAUUUGGCGCUUGGACGUUCGGGCCAGGACAUGGCUUCGCCAGGAUUAUUCGCUGGAACGUCGAGAAAUCCCCGGAGCGGCUGCCGAGCGGCGACGUCGAAGCAAUUUUCUCGAUAAUGGACAGCGAGUUCACGCGGUCUAUGUGGAACUACUCGUUCAGGUUAACUUACAGGUUAAUCCUCCGGGAAAAGGAGCUGCACUUCAACAUCGGCGUCUACAAUCCGAGCAAGGACCACACGUUUAGCUUUAACCUGUUACUGCACACCUACUUCAAGGUGCCGGACGUCCGGAGGUGUCAGAUCACCGGCCUGCAUGGAUGCACCUUCAUCGACAAGACUAGGGAUAACCAAAUUUUCCAAGAAGGCCGGGACGUCGUGACCGUAUGCGAGUGGACGGACAGGAUUUAUCAGAACACGCAGCCGGAGCACAUAAUCACGAACGUGGUCUCGGGGAGGAAAAUGCGCGUACAGAAGUACAAUUUCCCCGACACGGUCGUGUGGAACCCCUGGCAGGACAAAGCCCGGGACAUACCGGAUUUUGGCGACGACGAAUUCCCGAACAUGAUUUGCGUGGAAAGCGGCCAUGUCAGUAGUCCUGUCAUUCUCCUACCGGGCACGGCUUUCGAGGCCAGCCAAAUCCUGCAGGUAAUGUGAGUAGAGGGUGGAUCUUCUUCACACGUGACAACGAAUAGCAGGUCGAGUUCGUUACUUCCAGUUUCGUCUUCGGGUGCUACGGUGUGGCCAGCUGGUGCCGGAUGGCUUUACAUGACGCCACCUCCAUCAUCGCCGUCGUCACACCCUCCGCAUCUCCAUGCACAUUGUCUCGCACAAACUUGUACGAUAUGCUCUUUGAACCUCUAGUACUCUAGUAUCGGUAUGUCGUGCAUUUAAUAACUCCUUGGCAGUAAUGGCGGUAUACGGAUGCUCGAUGAGAACAGUCGGCAUUUGCCAAGUAGCUCAUGAUUGCUUUUGCGCUCCGAUGGUACGAUAAGUUACGCUCGUUGCGAGCCCUUACUCUUAAAAUCUCUCGCGAAGAAUUAGGCGAAUUGCGAGUAAACAUGGAUUUCCUAUCGCGUCGAUACAUACAAUUCAUACAGACCGGGUUUAUUAGCCACAUCGUCUUACUCGAGACCUCGUAUAACGCGACAUUGGUUUCAAGCUGCUAAUCGUUUAAAUUGAGACCGACAGCACACAAGGAUAUGUACAUAAACACUUUACGUUAACUAUGUUGACUGCGCGAUAUCGGACUACAUAAUUGAUAUGAAUACCUAAUAGGAUUUUUCACUGAUAAACCAGUCUCACGUGAUACGAGUACUUACUACGUUUCGAAUAUACUUCCAUUCGCAGUUCUUCCUUCCCAGUUUUCAUGGAGAAAUAUUUUAUACAUACCGUCCCUAUGGUUUAUCCUCAAUCAUUGAGCUCAAAGAGCGAAGAGGUUUCUCUUGUAAUAGUUAAAAACAAAAGAAAAAGAAAGAAAAUACGCCAAAAGACGACAAUAUGAUCGGGGUACUACUUACUAAAUAAUGAAUUUCUUGGAAUAGGAUAGUCCAUUGAUCUGGCAUUCAGUAUUGUGCUUUAGUUUGUAUGUAGUCUAUUUUGGGAGUAAUUAUAAAUAAUGUAAUAUAUUAGGCUCGAGCAAGGUUGCUUGAAUUUCGUCACGCAAUUGGUGAUAGCUAUACUACGAGGUAGAUUAUAUUUUCCGUGUCGAUGGAAAUCGACGUUGUUGUAUAGAGUUACAAGAAAACUAUAUUACCUUUAUAUUUAGAAACGCCGUAAUGGUCCAAAUAGCUUUGCUCGGUCCUAGGAAUACUGCAAUGUUACAUCACAUAUCCUGAAGACACAUGCAAUCCUCCCUAAUAUGUUUAAUCCUUUACGUUUCCAUUAUUUCGAUCAUUAAUGCAAUAUGUUACAGCUAGAGAGCGUUAGUUUCGUUCCCGUAGUACAGUUAUACGUCACGUCGUUCAACCAAACGUCUAUGUUAUUAAUUUGUUAAGGAGCCUCUAAAGGAACACCGAGAAGGCAUUGUUAUAAGUGGAUAUCGAAUAUGCACAAAAUGUGUAGGGAUCAAUGGAAUGUUUAUGUCUACGGUAAUGUUGAAUUUUGUUCUCCGUUAGAUACUUCCACACCCUGUGAUUCAGGAUCGUUCAAGUUAUUCGCUAAAUGGUAGAUAUGUGAUAUAGCAGUCGAUUUUUUGCUGGAUAAACGUGCCAAAGUCAUUGACUCAAUUCUCGUAUAAAUUGGUCCAACAGAAAGCAAAAGUAUCUUAAUUAAUAUCUGUGGCGAAAUUGAGAAGUGCUGCGUGGGACGAAAUAGUUGCGAAGGAUGGACAAUGAAGUCUUUUCAAUAUAAUUUAACCGAAUACUUUCUUUGGAUUCUAUGCAGAAGUAUACGAUGACGUUAUCGUACAAUAACAGCGGUAAUGAUUUGCAACACUUAUUUGCCUAUAAAUAAUGCAGGUUGGUGCUAAUAGUAUACAUAACGUUGAUAUAAGUGAAUACUGUGCAAACCCGAUCAGCAUCCGUACUAUGCUACAAUUACGAAAAUAAUGCAUCCGUCAAUCUAUCUAAUCGAAACUAUGCUCUUAUGUGUUUUGUGCAAAUUCAAUGCAUCAUCGAAAUAGAAUUAAGCAAUAAUUACAUUGUAACGUACCGCGAUAAUUACUAUAAAGCUAUAUGUAUUCCAUUUUCGUGAAAACAUUAUCAGAGCAUUGCUAGGCUAAUUACUCGCUUUGCGGUAGUUUACAACGACUUAAAUGAAUACAUUCUAUCGCCUGUCCUACGAUUUUCAGACGGUCGAUUACUAAGAUUUAAGGAAUAUCGUUGAAGUGAUUAUUAUUAAUUUUGUUGUACAGUUAUAAGGAAUUAUUGGCUGCAUUCGUUUGGUUACGAUCCUUCCACGAAUAAUUGUCAUUAAAGUAGAUGAAAAUAAGUACGUUGGUGCUCAGUUAAGUCGAAUGCAGAACUAUUUGAGUGCCAACGAUGUCAUUGAUAAUUCUUCCUUUAAAGAACCGAGAUACGUUUUCUUCUUUGGGUGAUAAUGAAUUUCUGUCCAAAUAAUGUUUUCUUUACUGUGGCUAUGCUACCUAUUAUUCACAUACGGUCAUACGUUAACAACUUUUAAGGACACUUUUUGUAUCUCCUGACAAUUCUUUAAACAAUUUAAUAACUGUAAGAAUUAAUUUUUCUACGAAGUGAGAUGAAUCCAAAUGAGUUCCUAUUUGGUCGCGCGUCGUGCUUUUUAAAUAAAUUUCUUCCGAAGAGAAUGCACGAUUAUUUUAACACUUUAUACGAUAAGUUUAACAUUCGACGUGGUUUAAUAAAUCGACGUAAGACAUACGCUGACGCCAAAUGAAUGGCAAACAACUGUAUAGUGUUAAACAUAUGCGUGGCGAAGUUAAAUACCAUAAUUUCGGUCUAUUUUGUUGCCCCUUGUCUUGAAAUUUUAAAUACAAAGACGCAAUUAGAAAACGUAUGAAAUACUCGUUAGAUCAUGUGUUGUACAAAUUACAAAAACUCUAUCGAUGAUUGUGAAGAAAUGGCAUUAAUACGUUUACUAAGUCAACGCUACUGAUCCUUGUGCCACAGAAAAGUAACAUCAUCCAGCUUUGUUUUCUUAUUCUUUUGACAGGAACUAAGAGUACAAUUUUACAACGACUGACUUACCGCCAUUCUACGUGUUACAAAUUCGGAGACAAGGGUUACUGAAUAAAUAUAUCGGCUUACAUAGGAAACUUAGAAUGCCAAAAUAUGUUACAUUAUACCAGCAAGAUAUGUAUGUAAUUAAUGACUAUCUUUAAGAAUUAGGUAAUGAAUUUUAUUAGUUUUAAUUAUUAAAAGUUUACUUAAGUAAGGGUUUUGGUCCUUAGAGGCUAGGGAAUAUUUCCAGUAUUUAAUACAACUUUUAGUAAUUUUAAAGAUGUUUUCUUUCCCAUAUUCAAAUCAUUAAUCGGUCUUCCUUGGCAAGUCCUCGAGGUCAAUUUGUUAGUUUGGUAUUUCAUACAUUUUUCAAUAUACCUGUAAUCUUUAUACAACUUUCAAAGUAGACGUAAUUAUAUUAAUACUAAAGAAUUGAAAAUCGCACGUCAAACUGUCUUGAGAAAUGUACUCUUUUUGGGAAAGUGCAAUAAAAAAUAUGAGAAAUAA